CCAACGUACACUUGCAAGAAUACCAGGGGGCCGGGGCUAAAAACGUCAAAUUGUAGGCUGCCUACAUUACGUCGUAGCAACACUGCACUGCAUUCGAUGCACUGAAUUAGCUUAUUAGUUGUAGACAAUUUGCAUACGUUUUUCACCUGGAUGCGGUGCUACAUUGCAAUUCGAGAGCUCGAUGCACGGCACGUUUGUAAUACGCUGGGCUGGCUACGUGGUGCUGUUUGGCGAGGUUGCUAGCAAGUGACUGAUUGGAGGGACAAAUUUAAAGCAAUCAAGCGGACUAACAGCGACAGUAACUCCUGUUGUUGUAGGCGAUUCUGAAGGGACAAAAGGACAGAAUCCAAGAAAAGCGAAGUAAGUGUACAGAAUCAGAAGGGAUGACCGGGGUAGGAGCUGAGGAUGAUAUUCCGCUGAGUGAGAGAAAGACCGUCACUGACUUCUGCUACCUGCUGGACAAGUCCAAGCAACUCUUCAAUGGCCUGAGGGAUCUUCCGCAGUACGGACACAAGCAGUGGCAGUCCUACUUUGGCCGCACCUUUGAUGUCUACACCAAACUCUGGAAGUUUCAGCAGCAGCACAGACAGGUGCUAGAUAACCGGUAUGGCCUGAAGAGGUGGCAGAUUGGGGAGGUGGCUUCCAAAAUUGGACAGCUCUACUACCAUUACUAUUUACGCACUUCUGAAACCAGCUACCUGAAUGAAGCGUUCUCCUUCUACUCGGCCAUUCGACAGAGGUCCUACUAUUACCAGGUCAAUAAGGAGGACAGAUGCCUUUGUCCUCUUCCAGGGCCGGAGCUGGUGGUGAAGAAGCUGCGGUACUAUGCCCGCUACAUCGUGGUCUGUCUGCUGCUGAAUAAGAUGGACCUGGUCAAAGUCUUGGUGAAGGAACUGUCAGAGGAGAUUGAGGACUAUACUCAGCGCUUUAACACAGAGGACCAGCUGGAAUGGAACCUGGUUCUGCAGGAAGUUGCAGCAUUUGUGGAGGCGGAUCCUGUGAUAGUGCUGAAUGAUGAAAACGCUGUGGUGAUCACAUCCAAUCGGCUGCAGGAGGGAGGCGUGCCCCAGCUGGAGCAGGGCAUGGUGGUUGGCCAGCUCACGCUGUCAGAUGCGCUCGUCAUUGGCAAUUGCAACAAUCAGGUGAAGUUCAGUGAGCUGACUGUAGACAUGUUCCGCAUGCUCCAAGCUCUAGAGAGAGAGCCUGUCAACCUGGCCACACAGAUGACCAAGCCAGGAACACUGGAGCCCAGUGAAAAGCCAGCCAAGAGAGAGAACCCCCACAAGUACCUGCUGUACAAGCCCACCUUCAGCCAGCUCUACUCCUUCCUGUCCGCCUCCUUCAAGGAGCUACCAGCCAACAGUGUGCUGCUGGUCUACAUGUCAGCCACUGGAGUCUUCCCCACCGGACGAACUGAUUAUGAAGGUCCCUAUGACUUUGGAGGAGUUCUUACCAACACCAACCGGGACGUGAUCAAUGGGGAGACAGUGCAGAAGAGGAGUCAGGCACAGAAAGAGAUGCACUGUCUCCAUCCAGGUGACCUCUACCCCUUCACUCGAAAGCCUCUCUUUGUCAUUGUGGACUCUUCAAACAGUUCGGCCUACAAGAAUUUCUCUAAUCUUUUUGGACAGCCCCUGGUGUGCCUGCUCUCGCCUACAGUGUACCCCAAGAGCAUGCAAGACCAAUCGCAGCAGGGCAGCCUCUUCACCCUCUUCCUGUACAGCCCUCUCAUGGCCUUCCUCUCUGUGUGUGGCCUGAGCAGCAUGCGGCAGGGGUUGUGGGAGAAGGCCCAGGAGGUCCUGCUCAGAGUGUACAGUGAUAUCGGCCAGAUGAUCACCCGCUCACACAGCAUAGACCAAGCCUUCCUGCAGUUCUAUGGCGACGAGUUCCUGCGGCUGCUGCUGCUCCGCUUUGUGUUCUGCUCGGCCACGCUGAGGCUGCACAGGCUGUUCCGGGAGUGCCGCAGCUUCCCCGACUCAUACCCGCAGCUGCCCAAGCAGGACACAGUGGAGAGCAGCCUUCUGCAAAGGCACAUACUGGAGCUGGCGGCCAUGUUGGAUGUGCAGAACCUCUUCUAUGACAACACCCUGUCUCUGGAUGACUACUGACCUCCCCCACCCUCACACCCACACUCAUCUGA